GCUUUGAGAGGAUAGACUUAGGACAACUACAAGAUAGAAGCUAUACUGCCAUAUUGUUUUUUUUUUUGCAAUAAAAAAGAAUAUUUUUGUGUUAAAAUAGGAUAUUUUUGUCUAAAUCAAUAAUCCUUUACGAUUCUAUUGAAACUCUUAACUGGGAGUAUUCAUGCUGUAGUUAAACAUGUUUACUGGUUGUCCAGUCUGAAAACAUCGUCGCUGGAAUCUUUUAGCUUCUUUAUUGACCAUUACAGCUAUUUGAAGUCUCAUAUUACAUUGAACCGAAGAUGAAGGAUCGACUGGAACAACUAAAAGCGAAGUCGGACCAAGCUCCUGAUGAUGUGGAAAUUCCAAUGGAAAAUAAAGAAUUUAUGGAUGAGUUCUUCACUCAGAUUGAGGAAAUCCGCAGCAGUAUAGACAAGAUUGAUGAAAAUAUAGGCGAGAUAAAGCGACUGUAUUCUGUCAUCCUCUCUGCACCUACAUCAGACCAGAAGACGCAGGACGAAUUGGAGGCAGUUACUAAUGAGAUAAAGAAAAUGGCCAACAAUGCUCGCAACAAACUCAAAAGCAUUGAGCAGAACUUGGCAUCUAACACCGAGGAGAGGGUUUCAGCAGAUAUACGGAUAAAGAAAUCUCAGCAUGCCAUUCUUGCUAAGAAGUUUGUAGAGGUGAUGACCAAAUACAAUGAAGCCCAAAUGGAGUUUAAAGAGAAGAGCAAAGGGCGCAUCCAAAGACAGCUGGAGAUCACUGGCAAAGUCACUACUGAUGAGGAACUGGAGGAAAUGCUGGAAGGAGGUAACGCUGCAGUAUUCACAGCAGGAAUUAUGGACUCUGGAAUAUCAAAACAGGCACUAAGUGAGAUUGAGGCGCGACACAAAGAUAUUAUGCGACUGGAGAGCAGCAUAAAAGAGUUGCAUGACAUGUUCGUGGACAUUGCAAUGCUGGUGGAGAAUCAGGGAAGUAUGAUUGACAGAAUUGAGAGCAACAUGGACCAGUCCGUGGGUUUUGUGGAAAGAGCUGUGGCUGACACUAAAAAGGCUGCCAAGUUCCAACAGGAAGCACGCAGGAAGAAGAUGAUGAUCAUGCUGUGUUGCACAAUUCUUGCGGUCAUCGGUGGUUCUCUGGUGUAUAGCUGGCUGACAUAAACUUCAAGGUAAAGACAUUGUCUAAUCUACCAAGUCCAGAGUCUCUAUCAAGAAUCAAGAGAAGCGUCUUAGUGCCGGUGAACCAUAAGCAUCCCUACUGACACAUAACAUGUUUUCCCGUGCUGGUUUAUCUUAUUUGGUCUUUUACAUUCUUCCUGUCUUAUCAGUUGGCCUUGCAUUGUUAGAGGCAUCAUAGUAUAAUGUGAUGUAAUAGCUAGCUGUCAAUUUUAGGGCUGUGGUAUGAAAAAUAGCUUUAAAGGGACAGUGCACCCAAAAAUGUUGUCAUCAUUUACUCACCCUCAUGUUGUUCCAAACCUG